CUCCUCCUCCUCCUCGGCGAAAGCAAAAUAAAAAAAAUAAUCUCAACGAAUCAAUUUGGCUAUUAAGACAUGUCUCCGUCAACCCACAAAAAGCUUGCCCACUUCCUCAUCACUACCUCCACCCACGCCAUCGCCAUCGCCGCAUUCUAUUGCCAUCCCAACUCCAUCGUUGGACUUACUGCUGCUGGAUCUCCCUAUUGGCUCCGCCGCAGCCAUGGUCCGCUUCCAGAUUCGUUUCUCCUCGCCCCCGUCUGAGCGGCACUCGUCUGAGGAAGAGGAAGGCGAGGAGGAGGAGGAGGAGGAGGAAGAAGAAGAAGAAGAGGAAGAGGUGGUUUCCCCCAUCUACUCUCCCUUGAUUGUGCCGGAACCGUUCGCGGUAGAGGAAGAAGGGGAGCGGAGGGAGGAACGACACCAGCACCAGAGCACGUUCUCGGUAAUAGCGGCCUUGCUGGCGGCGCUGAGGAAGUCGCUGGUGAUUUGCAGAGUCGGCGCGGCGGAGGACCGGGUGUGCUCCGGUGCCUCCGCCAACUCCAUGGAGAUUGGAUGGCCCACUGAAGUGCGGCACCUCGCGCAUGUUACCUUCGACCGAUUUGACGGCUUCCUUGGGCUUCCCGUGGAGCUGGAGCCCGAUCUUCCCCGUAGGGUUCCUAGCGCCAGUGCAAAUGUAUUUGGAGUUUCUGCUGAAUCUAUGCACUGUUCUUACGAUAGAAGAGGAAAUAGUGUGCCUACAAUUCUGCUUGCAAUGCAAAGGCAUUUGUAUUUACAAGAAGGUCUAAAGGUGGAAGGAAUAUUCAGGAUUAAUGCAGAUAAUAGCCAAGAAGUGUUUGUCAGAGACCAACUGAACAGAGGAACUGUACCAGAUGGAGUUGACUUGCAUUGUCUUGCAGGACUAAUAAAGGCAUGGUUCAGGGAAUUACCAAAGGGAGUACUUGACUCUUUGACACCAGAUCAGGUGAUGCAUUGCAACACUGAAGAGGAAUGCUCUGAACUUGUAAGGAUGCUACCAGCAACUGAAGCAGCAUUACUCGAUUGGGCAAUUAAUUUGAUGGCAGAUGUUGUUGAGCAUGAGCAUUACAAUAAGAUGAAUACUCGAAACAUUGCAAUGGUUUUUGCUCCCAACAUGACUCAGAUGGCUGAUCCCUUGACUGCAUUAAUACAUGCUGUCCAAGUUAUGAACUUCCUUAAAACAUUGAUCACAAAGGCACUGCGAGAAAGAGAAGCGGCUGCUUUUGUUGUCAGGGAACUUGAUUCCUGCUCUGAGUCUCCUAAUGACAAUGACGAAGCAAAAUCCUACGAAGGCUCCAAUCCUUCAAAAAGCUAUUCUCUGUGCACUGGUGAGGAAACUCCGGAGUACUAUGCCUGUGAUGAAGGUGUUAUAGAAAAAUCCCAGUUAACUUCUGAACACACUCUGGAUAGAGAGAACGAUAGCUUCUGUAUAUUUAAGAAUAAUUGUGAAAUCAACGAGCAUGAGUUUAUUUCUAAGAAAACAUCACCAGCUUCUUGUGAUUUAGAUGCUAAAGAAGACGGCCAGUUCCUGGAAGGAGACGUACAAAUUUUAGAAGAUAGAAUGAGUUUUAGGAGAGUAAGAAAGCUUUGCGGCCAUCCUGUAUUUCAAUUAAGAUCUUCUAAAGAGUCGGCUGAGAUUAACAUUGUAAAUUCAAGUGAAGGAAGAGAAGCUUGUGCAUGAUGCUGGUUUAACAACAUCGAGAAGAUGUAUGCACUACUCAACUAGUGACCAUAGGUUUAGAAUGCUAAUGUGGUAGGAAAUGCUUUGCACCAACUUUAGGUAGGGUUUGUUAAUUGUUUUGUAUAUUACUCUUUAAGGUGCAAUGUUGAUUGGUUUAAUGGAUUUGUAAUUCUUGGUGAUAAAAUAUGUUGGAUUUUGUAGACAAUGUUUAUGGAUUUGCUUUGUUGCAGGAAAUAGAGGAGUUUUUUCUGUCU